CUGGUUGGUGUUUAAAAGUGACUGAAAGACAAAUUCAGGCCUCUUGGACGUUAGUUUCAGAAGGACUGCCAUGACCUCAGCUGUGACCCCUAAAGAUGAUACUCCAGCUUGGGCAGGAUGAUUGACAGGUGACACAUUUGAUCCCAAGAAUGUAUGUGGUGGCAGUGGGCGGGACAUCCUCCUCCCUCCUAGCAGUACCCAUCUCUGUCACCUGCUCUUGGCUGUUAUUGCUCUUCAAUUCUGCCUUUGGUCAAAAACCUGCAAAGCUUCCCUUGAUUAGUCGGAAGCCCUUUCUCGCUGCCUGGAACGCUCCCUUAGAUAUGUGUACCAUCAAAUACAAUAUUACAACCAACCUUGAGCAUCUUUUUCACAUACAAGGAAGCCCACGUGCUACUUGGACAGGGCAAAAUGUAACGAUUUUUUAUGCGAACCGGCUUGGCCUCUACCCUUACUACACGCCACAAGGCAAAGCCAUUCAUGGAGGUCUGCCUCAAAACUGCAGCCUGGACAUGCAUCUGCUCAAAGCUUAUCAGCACAUUGUUCACUUCAUUCCUGCAGAGGAUUUCCGUGGCCUGGCUGUCAUUGAUUGGGAGUUCUGGCGACCUCAGUGGGACCGUAACUGGCACAAAAAGAACAUUUACAAGCAAAAGUCGAAGGAGCUGACCAAGAAGGCGUAUGUUAAUGUGACUGCAGCUCAGGUAGAGGUGCUGGCCCGGAGGCGAUUUGAGAAAAGUGCUAAAACAUUCAUGCAAAGGACAAUACAGUUGGGAACACGGCUACGGCCCAAUGCCCUCUGGGGUUUCUACCUCUACCCAGACUGUCAUAACUACAACUUGCACGACCAGAACUACUCGGGCCUGUGUCCCCUGCCGGAGAUGAUGAGGAACGACGAGCUGUUGUGGCUGUGGAACAGCAGUACGGCGUUGUUUCCCUCUGUGGCAAUCAGAAAGAGUCACACCAACAGCAUCAGUAACUGGCACUUUGCCCACAACAGAAUCCAAGAGUCGCUCCGGAUUGCCUCACUUACCUCAAAGGAGUAUGACCUUCCCACCUACGUCUACCUCAGACUAGGGUACCGAGAUGAUGCACUGGCUUUUCUCACCACAAAAGACUUGAUUCAUACUAUUGGGGAGAGUGCUGCUCUGGGAGCUGCAGGAUUCAUCAUCUGGGGAGAUCUUAACUUGACCUCAUCCAGGCACAACUGCACUUUGGUGAAGUCCUUCUUGACUCGUCGCCUUGGUCGGUACAUCACCAAUGUGACCCGGGCUGCUGAAGUCUGCAGUGAAUUCCUGUGCCAAGGGAACGGCCGGUGUGUCCGCCAAGACCCCCUUGCCCACCACUACCUCCAUCUGAGUUCAGAGAAUUACCAAAUUCACCCCUCAGGGAACGGGACCUUUACUGUCAGCGGGUGGCCGUCACAGAAUGACCUGCAGCAGCUCACUGACAGAUUUCGCUGCCACUGCUAUGAAGGCCAUGAAGGACACAGAUGUGACAGUUUAAACAAAGUUAAGGAGGAUGAUGAGCUGAGGAAGGAAGAGAAGAGCGAGCAAGAACGAAAGAGGACUGAGUGGGAGGAUGAGCAGGGUGAGCUGUGGGAGAGCAGGGAGAGCUCUGCCCUGCCACCUGGUUGCUCUCAUUACCAGAUACUAUUAUUGCUACAUUUGAACUUACUGCUCAUACAGAUGGUUGUAUAGUUCUAUGAAGAUUUCACCCCAAAUACAGCUAUGGAUAGAUCAUUUUAUACAUGAUUUCUAUUUUGCUUUAUGCAAAGACAGGUAAGCAUGAUUUUAUUAGCACAAAUAUAUACAACAAAAGGACUUUGUCUCAUCUCACAAAAGUCCAGAACAGCUUCAUCAAUUCUGAUUACAGGUAUCAAACUCAACAAAUAUGGCCUACAGUCACAAGAGACAUUGUUAAAGUGUGAACGAUUGUAAAUCCGCCAAGGGAGACGAGUCAAGGCUGCAGCGUAGGUGUUAGAGAGAAGCUACCUGAGGCCAUCUUCUCUGCUUUUGUUUUUCCUGUUCAGCCUUUUCACUCAUCUCUCAGACCAGCUGUCUUCCUUCUGCUUGACUUGUUGAUUAACUGCUACAUUUGCUCCUCAGUGUCAGGAUAUCAUAUUGUUUAGCUGCUGUUCAAUUUCUAUAAUUUAGAGCUUAGACUGGCUGUAUUGGACUGUAUAUACUGUACCACACCACUGAGCCUGAGGAUGUUUUAUCCUUGGGACAAUAUUCCAUUUCUUUUUACUAUAUUUCAUUUCUUUUUUUACCCUCAGUGGAUUGAGUUAAAUGUUGUCAGCUGGAUGCCUUAACAUCAGUCCAGUAAAAGUAUUGUAAUGAAUAUAAUAAUUAUGUGUCUUUCUGCUAUCUCUUUAUCUGCUCUCAUGCACACUGCUGCAUGCUUACAUAGACAUAACAUAUAACCAGUGAUGAGAUAAUUACUUUGAAAAAGUAACUAAUCGCAUUACUAAUUGCUCCUUGAAAAAGCAACUUAGUUUGUUAAAUAAUAAAUCAGACUAAGAGUUUAAACUUUUAAUUCUUAGAGACCAAAAAGUUGAAACGUG